AUGGCUAUAGUUCUAAUAUUGAUGAUAGCCAUCCUAAAUUUUGACAAUAUUUCUGGUCGCACUUCAGAUAAGCUAAUAGUUACAUUACCUCAUGGAGGCAUUCUCGUUGGAAGAUACCUCAACACGUUAAGUGGGCAAGGUAUUCUUGCCUUCCUUGGAAUACCUUAUGCAAAAUCACCCAUUGGGAAGCUACGCUUCAAGGCUCCCGAAGCUUUUGGAGGAUGGACAGGCGUACGAAAUGCCACCACAGAUGCACCACUGUGCACUCAGCGAGAUCCAUACCGUCGUGACGAAUCAAUUUCAGGCGUGGAGGAUUGUCUGCAACUUAACGUGUAUGUUCCCGAAAGGGCACGAUCCCAGAACGUUGAAUCCAUUCCAACUAUCUAUCCGGUUAUGGUGUUUUUCCAUGGGGGUGGAUGGCAAUGUGGAUCGGGAACUCGUGCCUUCUAUGGCCCUGAUUAUUUGCUGGAGCAUGAUGUUAUCUACAUUGGAGCAAAUUUUCGACUUGGACCAUUAGGGUUUCUUAGCACCGAGCAAGCCGACUGCCCUGGAAAUAAUGGGCUCAAGGAUCAAACCAUGGUGCUGCAAUGGGUUCGUGAAAACAUAGCGGCUUUCGGAGGCGAUCCGCAAUCUGUGACGGUGUUUGGAGAGAGCGCCGGAGGAGCUAGUGGAACGUAUCACAUGAUGUCUACUCUGUCCAAAGGACUUUUCCAUAAAGUUAUUUCUCAAUCGGGAGUAAACUUAGAUGCUUGGGCUCAACCGGCACAUCCUGGAGUAGCGCGUAAACGCUCCAUUCAGCUUGGCCAGAUGCUAAACUGCACUGAAGGACUUGAGGGACGCUUUUUUGAUAUGCUUAACUGUCUACGGAUGAUUUCUGCAGAUGAAAUUACAAGAAAAUUCUACGACUUUUUUAUUUGGGACACUGAUCCCAUGAUUCCAUUUCCACCUGUUGUUGAACCUGAUAUACCGGGUUCAUUUAUAACUAAACAUCCACGGCACGAGCUUGAACCACAUGCCAUUGGUCUCCCUUGGAUGACUGGCCUAACACUGGACGAAGGAGCUCUAAAGAGUGCAUCUUUGAUAAAUGUGCCAAAUCUACGACGAAGUAUCAAUGAAAACUGGGAUCAUGCAUUACCCAUUUCAUUGUAUUACGAUCAUCAUAAAUUGAGCAGGCAGCGUGAAAUCACGCAGCUUAUCAACGAUUUCUACUUCAAUAAUCAGAAACUCACUCAACAAACGGAGAAAAAUCUUACGAAUCUUUAUUCAGAUGCGUGGUUUCUAGCAGGUAUGGAUGAAUAUUUACGAAUUCGUUUUCUCAACAACAGUCAACGACAAUCCCAAGUGAAAGCUGGUCCAACAUUCGUGUAUCUUUUUGCUCAAAAAGCUUCCGCCAGCUUUACAGAAAUAUUCAAAGGAGGGAAAGAAAAUUACUACGGUGUAUGCCAUGCAGAGGAACUGCAAUAUUUAUUCCCAAUAGCAAAGGAUCUUUUCCAUUCAGCUGUUCCAACUGACGAAGAGCACAAAGUACGACGAAUUAUUACAAAGCUUUGGGUCAACUUUGCUCGUACAGGCAAUCCAACCCCAUCCACUGAAACAAAUGAUAAAACCGAUCUUCCUCAAUGGCCUCCUACUGAUCGAUUUCCUUUGCGGUAUCUACGUAUCGGCAGCCUCGACUCAUCCAAGCAGCCGAUUGUUGCGCUAGAAUCAGGGCUAUUUGAAGAACGUGCUGCUUUUUGGCGUCAGCUACAAGCUCAUCAUACUCCAGCCCAUAUCACUGAUCAAGUGAUGCACACACGCGAGGAGCUUUAAUCAUCCGUAUAAUCACGUUUCUACGUAGGUAAACGUAAAACGGGUAUUUUACGAUAAAAUAGAA